AUUCAAGUAAAGCAUCUACUCAUAAUUUACCCGUACUCGCCCGUUCCAAUCAGUUUCGAUCUCAACCUCGACGUCGUACGACCUACACCUUUUUUCCAUUCAUACAGGAUUGACAAUCUUCAUCCGGAGUAAACAAAAAAAAAACAAACAACAUCAGUUCGAUUGGACCCAAACAAAACCGUACCUGAAGUAGAAGUUGCCUCAUCAAGCAGCAGCAGCGGCAGCAGAAAAAGAAAGAAGAAACCAGUUGAAAAAAACACAAAAUGGCUCUGCUGAACAAAAGUCAGAUUUCAACGAUGUUCAUCGUUCUGUUUGUUUGCCUAGCGUUGGCAUCCCUCAGUCAGGCAGCAGAAGAAACGAGCACCACCAAAUCUCAGGUUUCGGAUGAAGCCCUCGAUAAGGCCCUCAGCGAUAAGCGAUACCUGAUGAGGCAGCUCAAAUGUGCCCUCGGAGAAGUGCCCUGCGAUCCUGUGGGAAAACGAUUGAAGAGUUUGGCACCAUUCGUGCUACGAGGCGCUUGUCCUCAGUGCACCCCAACUGAGAUGAAUCAGAUUAAGAAAACAUUGGCCCAUCUGCAGCGAAAUUUCCCCGCCGAGUGGAACAAGCUGAUCCAAACCUAUGCGGGCUGAAUGAGCUUUUUCAAGGAGAAUCAACGCAAAAAAAAAACAGAAGUAGAACGACGGAAUAAAUGGCGCUUGAGGCUCAAAACGGGCGAAAAAUAAAUUUUAAAAACGACAACAGCGAGAAAAAAAAGUUACCCUCGACCAAAGCUCGAAACAAUAGCAACAAUUCCAACAUCAUCGGCGUAGAAAGUUGAAAAAAAGAAAAAAAAAUCAGCAGACACGGAGAGAAAAAGAAAAAAAUUCUACCAAGUUCGCGACAUUAAAAUGCCAACCGUCAGAAAAUAACACCGAGAGCAGCCAACUAAAAAUAUGAUAAAAGGGAGCAGCAGAACAGAGCAUAUCGUAGCAAAAAAAACAGAGUGGCAUAAAAAGGACCAAGAAAAGAUUCAACGCUGGCAAAAUUGCACGAGACAGAAUAAAUUCACUGUAAAACACAAUUAGCUGUUAUUAAAUAAAGAACCGUAGCGAAAUUUGAGAGACGGGGGCCAAAAAGGGGAGCUUUCAUUCGUUGAUGGGGGUAGCUACUGAGAUGACGAAAGAUGAAGGUUUGAGGAAUGAGUGUGGACGAAAGGGGAGAAAAUAUAUUUGAGGGGGAAAAGGGUUCGAUGAGUUACCACUUUUAUGUAUAUGUGAAUAUUUUUCAAACUUUUAGAGGAUAUUCAUCAAUAAACAAAGUUUUAAUUAAACGGA